CCGGCUGGGAGGAGCCAGACGUGGUAAUAAAGCCUGUCCCGUCUGCUCCACUUCAGUGUUGAAGAGAGUUCCUGUCUAUCAGCCGGAGAAGUGUGUGUGUGUGUGUGAGAGAGUGUGUGUGUGUGUGUAUCAGUGUGUGUGGAUGCUUUGUUAAUGAGAGGCAAACAGAAAACAGAGAGCUCUGCCAUUAUCUGAUCUGGACUCCCAUCUCUUUUUAAACCCUCUCCAGGACUGUGGGACACUCCAGCUGAUUUGCCGGCCUGCAUUUUGUCUCAGAUCACAGCUGGACAGGCGGACGGGCUUGACAGACGAGCUGGACAGAGAUUGUGAAGGGGAUCAUAAAGGCUGUUGCCGGGUAUCAUUGCCGGCAGAUCUACCAGACCUGCAUUUUGGAUAAAGAGCUCGGCUGCACUGUGGCUGACCGGUGACCCCGAUCUGCAGCCUAACCAUCUUCUGGGUCACCACUGAGCUAAUAGAGGUGGUCUGGCCGGGCCUGAUGUGGAAUUUGACCCCGACUGACCCUGUACCACAAGUAGUUUUUCACUGAGCCUGGACUGGGAAAAAGGGAAGGAUAAAAGAGCAAGAGGGGCGACAAACAAGAAAGGAAGAAGAAAAGGAGAGCAGUGAGAGCAGCAGCACAGCGACCGCUCUUCCAGCAUGCCGGUGGAGACCUUGCGGCCAUCAGACGGGCGUCUGGCCGGGGUUCCCUUCACCUCUGCCAUGCCCUUCAGGAUACUUAACAAGGGUCCAGACUACUUUCGUCGCCAGGCUGAGCCCGGGGCCCGUAAACUGAGUGCUGUAGAACGUCUGGAGGCCGACAAGGCCAAGUAUGUAAAGAGCCAGCAGGUGGCCCUCACCCGUCAGGCCCCCAUCAAACCACCAAUCAUCCGCAAGCCCCUUGUUCCUCCGGGGAUGAUGCUCCAGUGCCAGAUCAGCGCUCCUCCAGCCCGCAAAGUUCCCCGCUGCCCAGCUGAUGUGGAUAAUGGUGGAGGGAGAGAGGGACCUGGAGGGAGAAGAGGUCCUGCUCUCAACUUGGAUAUUCUGAAUAAUCUUAUCAAUGAUGUAUGUGAUGGACCAAUGCCCUGUUCCCAGUCCUCUUCCUCCACCUCCCCCUCCUCAUCAUCUCCUUCGUCAGGAGCUAAGAGCAUCGGCAGCAGCCUGUCAGCAGAACAGGAGAGGAGCAACCGACCCCUCAACAACCUCAAACCUUUGAAUCACGGCACCAUCAACUCGUCAUCCACCUCCUCCUGCACUUCCUCUCCGCUCAACAACAACCCCCAUGCCCCUGCAGCAGAACUUACUCGCCGCCCACCCCCUAUACCGACAAGAGCACCCCGCAUUGGGGUUCCAGGGCCCUAUAGCUCCCCUAACUCAGUGACAGUGCGCAGGGUGGACGUUCGGCCUCAGGCUGACUUAAAGAAGCCUCAGAGGGCCCAGCUGCAGCCCCAGCUCAGGCCCAGACAGACUGCACAGGGCCAAGUGGCACACCCCCAGGUCCCACCUCCUCCACCCCCUCAGAACCAACCCCAACCCACCCCUCAGCUCAACACCCCCUCCCAAAUCCUCCCCCCACCUCCAGCCUACCUGCCACCCAGCCCCAUGCUGAUCCGAGCAGGCAUGAUCCCGCCAGCCUCCCCCGCUUUCACCCGUAUAUCAAACGCCAGUUCCAAGGGGUCAGCCCGUAAGCACCCAUCUUUGCACCGCUCCAAGUCGGACCUGAGCGACCGUUACUCCCGCGCCACAGCCGACCUGGAGCGCUUCUUCAACUACUGCGGGCUGGACCCAGAUGAGGUGGAGGGCAUGGGAGGAGUGGAGCGCUUUACAAGAGCCAAUUCGGACAUUGUAUCCGUGUCCAAGCUCCGCAGCGUCAGUACGCCCAGCUCGGAGGCUGACCGGGUUAGGGAGGACGGAGGAGAGGAGGAUGACGAGGACGGGCCAGCCAGAGCCAACGAACGGGUCCCCUACGGCAUCUCCGUCAUUGAGAGGAACGCUAGAGUCAUAAAGUGGCUAUACGGCAUCCGUCAAGCGCGAGAUGCUAAUAACGCUGUCUCUAACGUAUAGACUAAUGAGGACUUGAAAGGUGACAAACAGGGAAGCAGUACUUUUUAUGUGUAUACAUAUGUCUGAAGAAGAGAAGCCCAUGUGUUCAUCUUCUGCUGCCUUACAUCACAUUUUAAGGAUAAUCUGGUAGUUGUUUUUACUGUUUCCUGUGACGACUCACACUUUUUUUGGAAAUUACACAGCAGUGUUUUUUUAUCCGGGCUGCAAGUCAGGACUGCUUCCCUGCAAGACUAAAUGGACGAUACAUUUCUCUUUUCCUUCCCUUGAUCUUGUAACAAUAUUGGUAUAUGAAAGCAAUAAUAGACUGGUAUAAAUGAUGAUGGUGAGAAUGAAGGCAGAGGAUGUUUGCAAUUGUGGUUCCUCACGUAAAGGUACUGUGUGUGUGCGUGUGUGAGUGCGUACGUGUACCAGAGAUCUGCGCAGGACAAAGCCAGACUCGAACUUUGCUACAAACUGCUGGAGAGUCUGAUGCUACACAGUGCAGUGACUGUCGAGAGAGCCAGCAAGAGAACCACGUUGAUACUGUGAAACUAAAAGGCUUCCAUAAACACGUUUGUAUUUUCAAAAAAACAAAACCUUUUGGCUGAAAGACUGUUAUUAUACAAAUUUCUGUUAGCAUGCGAGUGAAACGUUUGUACAUUUAUUUUAGGGUUUGUCAUCUCAACGAAGCACACAAAUUACACUCACACAGAUAAUCACUUCACGGCACACACGUACAUUCAGGUCAAUUACAGUGAAUAUGGUAGCAGCUGCAGUUAGUGCUGUCUGUGUAUCUGGCUGUAACAUUUGUCUAGUUGUGUGUUUGCAUCUGAAACAUGGUCUCAUGUCUUGGAUUAUGCUGCACUGGUGCAGCGAGAGAAAUCUGUUUACUAUGUAUGUCUUUGGCACAGAUGAGAGAGCAAGUCAUAUGAGAAGGGAUGAUCUCAUAAGUGGAUGGUUGAAGCAAGUGUAGCAUGUAAAAGUUAUUUUGCCUCCAGAGAGACGGAGAGAGAAAAUCAAAGGAUGGGCAAAAGGAUGACUGAGAAGAGUAUACUCAUGGAUAGAAAAAUCUAUGCUGUAUAAAUAUGUCUGCGGUUCUGAAGGUGUCUCAGGAAGAUGUACUUGGCAUACUAACAGAAAUGGACCAAUAUUUAUUUGGAAGAUGUAACUUAAUGUAUUUUUUAAUAUUGGACAACAUUGUGUACAGAAUCCAGUCUUUGCUCUUAAGUGCAAUCUGAUAAUAUCUACUACAAUUACAGUAAAUGUAGGAUCACAUUUAAACACACAUGCAAAUACAUGCACCGGUCACAUGAUAAGUGUGAAUUUUGUAAACCUGGGGGCUGCUACGAGUAACGUGUGCCCUGCUGCUCUGUGGGGAGCACUAAAGAGACUGUAGUGUAUUUAUUUGACUUCCUGUACAAGUUCUCCACCCUCUGCAUCUACUUCCUUUAACGUUUCAGGAUAUUCAGUAUGAGCAACAGCCAGGUUUUCCUCUUUGUACACGUACCUAUCAUAGGUAGAUGAAGAGCAGCGCACAGCGGCAGUCAGAUCAGAGGGCUGGAGAAUGCAACAGCAGCGACCGUGAACAAAGUGUGCUGUUGAAUCCGGCACUGGAUGCCCAAAGAGUCUUCAAGUGAGAUCCAAAAUGCUUUACCAUGGUGUAUUCUAAACAAUUAAUAAAAAUGUUGAAGUACA